UGUACACGGCGCUGAAUGCUUCAAGUGGUUCCCAAAUAUUGAACUUCAUUGUGUCGUAUUUGUCUGUUCAUUAUAUUUUGAGCCAGAUCUUAUCACCUUGAUAAGGUAACAGUAUUUAUUCAACGAUUGUAGGAUUCUGAAGUUUUUUAGUACCAGAAAUACGGCAUACGAACUUAAGGAUAUUUCUGAUUGCCGAACACACAAAUCAUCGCAGGUUGACACCGCGAGCGAAAUGAAGCAAAAUCAACAGGACAAUAUCGACCCGAAAACGCGAAUGGAAAAAGAUCGCGAAGAUCGAAAGCUUCCACCGGCGCUGAAGAAAAUUCUGGCUCUGGAUGUCGUGCUCACGAAACGAUUUGUAAGCUUUAUGCUAAACUUUGUACCGUUCCGAUCGUUAAGGACCCAUUGUAAAGUUUUGGAAUAUUCCUGCCAUGGUAUCGCUUGGCUGGCCGGAUGGCUUGCCUUCAGUUGGAUGAUCGACAAACCGGAUUGGUACCAGAUGCAAGUGAAUCUGUUUAUCGGUCUGCUCACGGACAUCGUCAUGGUGGCCGUUGUCAAGGCAGCAACCAGACGCAGACGGCCGGCUGUCAAUGAUGAUCCAUUCUGCAUUGGACCGGAUAAGUUUAGCUUCCCCUCGGGGCACGUUUCGAGAGGCGUUUAUAUCGUUACCUUCCUGACCUGGUUGGAUCCCGUGAGCAUUGUUUUGUGGCCACCGUUGUUGGCCUGGUGCGUAUCGUUGUGUCUUUCCCGGCUGUUGCUCUACAGACAUCACAUUUUGGACGUCAUCGGUGGAAUCUGCUUCGGACUGUUCAACGCUUUCCUCAUCUCGCUCAUCUGGUUUGAUCAGGAAAGUUGCAUCUGGAUAAUCUCACAUAUGACCGACGAGAAGAUAUCGGGAGCGGAGUAUGGGGUCUAAUGUACCAAAGGGAUACAAUCAAGUGUUUCGAAUUGGAAGUCAAAAUGUAGAUCUUGAUAUGCUUUAUAAAUAAUAUGAAUGUGAUAGCAAAGAUGACAUUCACAGAUUGCACAAAAA